AUGCGACAGCUGCUUCUGACGGCGUGUGCCUCCCUGGUGGCAGCAAGUUGCACCGGCAACCUCCCACCGCCCAUGGUGAACCUUUGCGCGAGCGAUUGGCCGGGACGCGAUGCUAGCAGGCUCUACUUGGUCAUGUUCUACUCCCCUCGUUGCGGGCACUGUGAGAGGCUGAAGCCUUUGCUGCUUCACCUCGCGCGGACCAGCAACGACAUCUUCGGCCUCCCGAAUCGGCCGUUGACGGUGGCUGGGGUGGAUUGCCCCGAGGAGUCGAACCACCAACUCUGCAAGCGCUACAACGUCACGGGCUACCCCACCAUUUUCGCCAUCGGCCAAGGACAUGAGGCGCGGUACAAGGCUGGUGCCAGCGACGCUGAGCUGCGGCGUUUCCUGCGAACGACCGUAGGCAGCGGUGCCUCGCGGCGGGCACGCUGCGGAGCAGGAGUCUUCAAGGAGCCAGUGGUGAACCUGUGCAAGGCGCAUUUCCCAGAGGCUGAGGCCAAGCACCCGUGGCUGGUGAUCCUCUACGCCUCCCGCGCGAAGUCGUUGAAGCGCCUCCAAACGCCGCUUGCCGCCGCCGCGGAGGACCUCGGUGGUGGCGCCACGCGGAUUUCGCGGCCCGAGCGCCUGGCAGCGCUGGCGGAGAAGUACAAGCUCCGCGUGCGCCACGGGGGACAACUCUCAGGCUCGAAGCCUUUCGCCAAGGUGGGCGCAAUGUGCUGCGACUGUGACCAGGAAGCUCGUGACUUCUGCAAGAGCUUAGCACCUGGAUCUCUGCUGCCGGUGCUGUUGUGGUCGUCCGGAGGAAAGGUCGAGGUCUCGAGCCGUUCGCCUUUUGUGGCCGGGAACCUGGUACACGUGGCACUGGCACACCUGGGCCUCAGCGCAGGGCCGCAGAGUUCGGAAAGCGCCAAGAGCAAGAGCGCCAAGAGAGGGAAACGCUCUGCACGUGGUGAGGGCCAUGAUGAGCUAUGA